CGCGCCCCCGCGCCCCGCUCCCCCCGCCCCGGCCGCAGCUCCGCACCGAGGUGCCCCGGACACCGGCCGCCGCCGCCCGAGGGACCAAUGACAGCCCCGCUGCUGCUGCCGCCCGCGCCGGUGCUGCUGUCGCUCUUGAUCCUCGGUGCAGGCCGUUAUGCUGCUGGAUUGGGCCUCAACGACACCUACUCUGGGAAAGGGGAACUGUUUUCUGGGGACCACAGCGCUGAUGGAUUUGAGGUUACCUCAAGGAAUGAGAUGUCCUCAGAAAGUGAGAUUUCCCCUGUGAGUGAAAUGCCUUCUGGUAGUGAACUGUCCUCAGGCACCGACUAUGACUAUUCAGAAGAGUAUGACAACGAACCACAAAUACCUGGCUAUAUCGUAGACGAUUCAGUCAGAGUUGAACAGGUAGUUAAACCCAAGAAAAACAAGACAGAAAGUGAAAAGACUUCAGAUAAACCCAAAAGAAAGAAAAAGGGGGGCAAAAAUGGAAAAACUAAAAGAAACAGAAAAAAGAAAAAUCCAUGUGAUGCAGAAUUCCAAAAUUUCUGCAUUCAUGGAGAAUGCAAAUAUAUAGAGCACCUGAAAGCAGUAACAUGCAGAUGUCAUCACGAUUACUUUGGUGAACGGUGUGGGGAAAAGUCCAUGAAAACUCACAGCAUGAUUGACAGUGAUUUAUCAAAAAUUGCAUUAGCAGCCGUAGCUGCCUUCCUCUCUGCCGUGAGCCUCACAGCCAUUGCUGUCCUUAUCACCAUCCAGCUUCGAAAACGAUACUUCAGGGUGUAUGAGGGAGAAGCUGAAGAACGAAAGAAACUUCGACAAGAAAAUGGAAAUGCGCACGUCAUAGCAUAACGGAGGACAAUAUCACAGGAUGUCACAUCGGAAUCACGGCCAACACAUCCAUAAUGAUGAGUUGGUCCUCCUUCAGUGGAUCACAAGAGAAUGGAACCUUUUUGUUCUGCUGGUUUUAAACCUUCAAUUGUCACUUUUUAUGCUAAGUCUUAUUUCUGUACAUAAAGAUGCAUGAAGAAAAAAGUAUUUUUUCAAGUUGUAAAUAAUUUAUUUAAUAUUUAAUGGAAGUGUAUUUAUUUUACAGCUCAUUAAACUUUUUUAAUCAAA